UUUUGUACCGACACUUCCUGCCCCGCCCAUGGAGACUUGAACGCGGAAGUAUUGACGAAUCCACCUGCGCCGGGUCGGACGAUAAGGAAAAACACCUCAUCCUUGUCUCCCUGGAGGUGCAGCAGCCAUGAAACUCGGACUGCACUUUGUGGUCGACCCCGCGGGCUGGCUAUGCGUCGGCGCCAUCUUUGGGAUCUGGCUCUACAACUCCAUUUUUGUUCCCAAGCUGGUUCUGCUACCGCACUACAGAGAAGGCCACAUUUCCUGGGCUGUCGUCAUUUGUUAUUAUGCUGCGUCAGCACUGUGCUUUUUAGCCCUGUUCAGGGCGUCCACGGCGGAUCCUGGUCAUCUUCCUCCAAACCCCCAUAUACCUCACUCUGAGCGAGAGCACUGGGAACUGUGCAACAAGUGCAACCUAAUGAGGCCCAAAAGGACCCAUCACUGCAGUCGUUGUGGCCACUGCGUGCGCAGGAUGGACCACCAUUGUCCCUGGAUCAAUAAUUGCGUGGGGGAAGACAACCACUGGCUUUUCCUGCAACUCUGCUUCUACACACAAGUCCUCAGUGCUUUUACUCUGGUGCUGGACUUCUGCCAGUACUAUUACUUCCAACCUCUCACGCACCUUGACCAGGGGAAGUUCACUACGCGGCACGAGCUGGCCCUGUUGCGGGCUUCGGCGCUCACGGGCGUGGUCAUGUUCUGCGGCAUGUCGGGCUUGUUUUAUUCGCAGAUCGUCGGCAUCCUUUCGGAUACCACCACCAUCGAGAAGAUGACUCGGUUCUCCAGUGAAAUUCACGGCCUGAGGAGAUCGUGGAAGUGGGCCCUGGCCGACGUGUGCGGAACCCACUGGAAGGCGCUGUGGUUCGUGCCGCUCCGAAGCCGACGAUCGCUCCAAGCCGGCGGCCUCUUUGAAGCCCACGUGUAGCUCAAGUCGUGGUUCUGAAUGAUCGCCUCUCAGGUUGAUUUGGUUACUACACGCACGCACACACAGACCGCUCGAUCAACAAUUGGACAGACCCGGGAAUUUAACCCAACUUUUCCAAUGGUUCCAAUUCUUAAAGCCAAAUGGGGUUGAUUUAAACCAACCAGCAUUUUUGAAGGGUGGACAUACAUUCUAUACAUGAUAUACCAAAAUAUUUUGGUUUUAUUUUUUGCAGUGGGUUAUCGUAGGCAAUAGUAUGCACUGGUACUCUUAAAGAGACACACACUUGAAUUGUUUUUUUAAAAUCAUGUAUUUCUUCCAAAAUGUCAUACCAGGUCGGGUGUUUACAUUACUGUUUAAUUGGGUUUGAACUUGUUUUUUUAAUGUAUGUAUUUUAUGGGAUGUUUGUGACAGUUUGUUUUUAUGGAUCUGUUUUGUACACAAGUAUCUUGGAUUUUUUUUUCCCCCUAAUCAAUUUUUUUAACUAUAACUCCACACUUUUUUUUCCCUCCUUUCCCCUUUUUUAUGUUGGUUCAUUUUCUCAUUUUUAAACAUUGCAGGUUGCUACUGAAGAUGGUCAUGAAAGAACUCAAAGAAGGAGAUAUCAAAUGUCGUUUGUCAAUGCCCAGGCUUGCUUUUUUUGUUCCAAAUUCUGAAGCGUUUUUUUUGUUCAUUUUCCCCGAGUCGUCCGGGGCGAUGACAGCAGUAUUUCGCUCAAAUUCGGAACACGGUGGAUAUAACUUGUCGUGCUUUGUUUCCUUGUGCGUUCUCUACAAAAAGAGCAACGUUGCCAUUCAAAGAAAUGUGGAUUUGCACUUCUUAAAGCAAGGCAAUAAAUAACAAUGCAUCAAGACCCUCGGACUUGACCGUCCAGGAUGUUUUCCGUCGCUUUGGCUUCCCAAGUGGCGCUUCCAUUGUCCUGGGACAAGUCUGGUGAGGCAUGCGUAACGUGCACGGCCGUGACCUUAACUGAUGUGCCUUCACACACAAUGAAGAGUUUUGUUCUCCAUCACCCAGAAUGACCCCGCCGACAAGUUGAACUGUCAAUAAUGCGUUGUUAGCUCCAGGUCAAGAUAAUAUCAAUAAAAACUCCUGUGGCCGCACAUGAUGAUUUAUGUCAAAAUAAAAUCAGCCUGAAUGAG